AAUUCGCCCGUAUAUAAAUAUUUGGACAGACCUCAAAGACGGUUCUCAGCUUGGAGCGAAAAUUGUAGAAUGAUCGGAAUCCUUCACUGCAGCAACUGCAGAUUAUCCUUCGGAGUUUGAUUUCCCCUAGGGUUUCUUUGAGUUCUCUACCGUCUAAUGGAGGACUUCGCCUUUCACGAUGGCAACGUAUGCGCUUUGCUUGAGAGCAGGCACAUCAACUUUCGUCAAGAUCCCGCCUAUGGUUUGCAGAUGCACUCAUCAUUCAUCCAAAGACUCUCCCAGGAAAAGGAACUGGAGGGGCACCAGGGGUGUGUUAAUGCAGUGGCCUGGAAUUCUCGUGGUUCGCUUUUGAUAUCUGGAUCAGAUGACACUCGAAUAAACAUCUGGAGCUAUUCUGGUCGAAAACUAUUGCACUCUGUGGAUACUGGGCAUUCUGCAAACAUAUUUUGCACAAAAUUUGUUCCUGAAAUGUCUGAUGAUCUUGUGCUCUCGGGAGCUGGGGAUGCAGAGGUGAGGUUGUUUAAUUUAUCUCGCUUAAGAGGGAGAGGACAAGAUGAUAAUCCCAUAGCCCCAUCAGCUUUGUAUCGCUGUCACGCCAGAAGAGUAAAAAAAUUAGCUGUUGAAAUAGGGAAUCCAAAUGUAGUAUGGAGUGCUAGUGAGGACGGAACUCUUAGACAGCAUGACUUUCGAGAGGGCAUGUCUUGUCCUCCUGAUGGAGCUUCUCACCAAGAAUGCCACAAUGUUCUUCUUGAUUUGCGGUGUGGAGCAAAGAGGUCAUUGGCUGAUCCUCCCCGACAAACCCUUGCUUUGAAAUCCUGUGAUAUUAGUUCCACUAGGCCUCAUUUACUUCUGGUUGGUGGAAGUGAUGCAUUUGCACGGUUAUAUGAUAGAAGGAUGCUGCCACCCUUAUCUUCCAGCCAGAAGAGGAUGUCGCCACCUCCUUGCGUUAGCUACUUCUGUCCAAUGCAUCUAUCUGAUCGGGUUCGUUCGGGUUUGCAUUUGACUCAUGUUACUUUUAGUCCGAAUGGAGAAGAGAUCCUGCUUAGCUAUAGUGGAGAACAUGUAUACUUGAUGAAUGUAAAUCAUGGUGGACUAGGAACAAUGCAGUAUACAUCAGGAGAUGUUUCUAAGUUAAUGAGCUUCACUCCUGUACUCAAUGGAUUCGAAUUGCAACAUCAUGUUUCCAAUCUAUCUAAUAGUUUUCCUUUAAAUUGUGGUGGUAAUGCAAAGCUUGAUAGAAGCAGAAAAUUAUUACAAAUUGCUGAAAAAUGCUUGGAGGGUGGGAACUACUUUGGUGGAAUUGAAGCAUGCAAUGAAAUUUUGGAUGGAAAUGGUCGUAAUAUUGGUGUUAUUCUUAAGCACGAUUCAUUAUGCACUCGUGCUGCUUUACUACUCAAGCGGAAGUGGAAGAAUGAUGUUCAUAUGGCCAUAAGAGAUUGUUACAGUGCUAGGAAAAUAGAUCAUUCCUCUUUCAGAGCACAUUACUACAUGUGCGAAGCUCUAUCACAGUUGGGUAGACAUAAGGAAGCUCUAGAUUUUGCAUUUGCUGCUCAGUGUUUAGCCCCGUCUAAUUCUGAAGUCGCAGAGAAGGUGGAAAGUAUAAAGAGGGACCUCGCAGCAGCUGAAUUGGAAAAAUCAAAUAAAGGCAAUGAUGGAGCUCUAAAAUCAGCACCAUUAGGUGGUGUAUUAUCAUUAAGUGACUUUCUUUAUCGCUCAGAUGCGAAUAGUGAUGUUUCACAAGACGGGCUGAGAUCAGAAAGAGAAGAUUCUGAUUAUGAUGAGGAGGUGGAGCUGGACUUCGAAACCUUAUCAGGUGAUGAAUCCCAUGAUGUUGAUUCCAACGUUCUACAUGGAAGUUUAAAUCUUAGAAUACAUAGACGUAUUGAUCCAUCAAGAGAGCGGGUUGGUCCAAAUGGCUCCUGUGGGUCUCCUUCAUCAUCACAAAAUGAUGCAACACUUUAUCAGCCUGAACCUGUGAUUGAUAUGAAACAAAGAUAUGUUGGUCAUUGUAAUAUCGGAACUGAUAUUAAACAAGCCAGUUUUCUCGGGCAAAAAGGUGAAUAUGUUGCCAGUGGUAGUGAUGAUGGUAGAUGGUUUAUUUGGGAAAAGGAAACUGGUAGGCUGAUUAAAAUACUUGUUGGAGAUGGAGCUGUUGUGAAUUGCGUGCAAAGUCAUCCAUUUGAUUGUGCAAUUGCUACGAGUGGGAUCGACAAUACCAUAAAGCUAUGGACUCCAACUGCUCCGGUUCCAUCAGUCGUAGCCGGUGGAGCGGUUGGGCCUCAGGAAGCCGACGUGUUGGCUGUAAUAGAGAACAAUCAACGCAGACUUUGCCGUAAUAGAGAAGCCAUACUGCCUUUUGAAAUUUUGGAGCGGUUUAGGAUGCAUGAUUUCUCAGAAGGAAGCCUUCAUCCAUUUGAAUGUGCUCAGAGUUGAUAUUAUAGUGUUCCCCCUCUUUUUUUUCUCUCUUUUGUUUAUAAUGGAUUCACCAAGAUUGGAAUAGCCAUAGUUGGUGAAUAGCGGAGUUAACACACCAAACAUAUCGGUCCAACAGAGUUCUAUGAGUUGAGGUCAUGAGAAGCCUCAUUCAAGUUCUCAUUAUAUCACAUUUAACAGUCAAGUCAAAGCUACUAUUUUUAUGGGUGUUCUUUUAUUUUUUUUUUUCCUUUUUGCCUUUGUAAAUUUUUGUAAAUGUUCAUUUUGUUGCCUUUUCUUCUUUUCUUCCUUUCUUUUUAUUACUUGCCGUUUUCCCAUCACAAUUUCUUUCAUUUUCCUAUAUGUGGUUGGGUUUAUGUUAUAAUGUACAGAAUAAAAUAAAGCAGGCAAAUCGAGUUUUGAGUAUGCCUUUUCCUUC